CGUCUUAAAGAUUACUUUUUAUUUAAAAUCAUCCUUCAAUUGUGUGGCCAUAGCAUGCGUACAUAAAAUUUGGAUAGCGGGAAAAUGUCUGCUGAAGAAACCCUUUUCAGAAUAUAUGGAACAUCUAUCGAAAGAAUAUGUCUCUGUUAUUGUGGUGGUAAGUAAGUAGGUACAAUAUGGUAGGAGUUUUGUGAUCAUUCCUUUAUGUUUUUACUUAAAGGAUCAGUUCAAACAAGCUUCAGUCUUGCGUCGCGGCGUAAGUUUCUAUUUUUGUUAUUUUUGUUUUGCCAGGGCGAGAAUACAUCAUACUUGGACCAGGAUAUUUACAUAGUAACGGGUGGUAAAUUUACUUAACGACCGUAAAGUAUAAGCGUGAGUUGUGACUAAAUUUAACACCAACGUAUGUGGGGAGUUAUUUAAAAUUGAAGGAGCGAGACAAGUUGUUUCCAAAGUCAUUAACAAAGAAGAUGUUGAACUGAAAUUGACCGCUCCAGGCAACAUACAGAAUUAAAAUGACUGCAAACGGGAAAAUAAAUAAGAACAGAGUAAUUCCUGUUCAGCUGACUGUCGAGGAAGACCAAAAAUUAGUUGAAGAAAACAAGGGAGCGUAUGAAUCUCCAUUAGCGCCGAGCUUUGAGGAAAAAGAGAGCCCUGAGUUUAACCGGAAAGUACGGGUAGUUUCUCCAUUAAAAUCGGCAGGUCAAGCAAAGGUGACGGUGUCAAAGUGGAGAAAAUAUGCCAGGAAAAGAGCCGACAUUGCAGCAUGGCACGAAUAUCAAAAAGCGCGCAUCGAUUUUCCAACUAUCCGUGAAAGCAUGAGGAUAAAUCAUCAUCGUAUGAAUGCGGCGCAACUUAGCGAUUUGGAAGAACUUGUGGAGAUCACUUCGCAAGAGAAACGUAGAAAAGAUGGCGGGGUAUCUACCGUAAGUUCCCCCAGCAGAGCUCUGCUUUAUUAUUUCGCCAAGUUAGCUGCGUCGACACGCGAGGAGGAGGUGAUUGAUCUAGAGUUCGUUGAAACGCUUAUCGAAAGCGGAGCGUCAGUGAAUACAGCUGAUCGACAUGGGCAGACAUUGUUACACGAAGCAGCCAGACAAUGGGAUCUCUCCGUAGCUAAAUUGUUGCUUGAAAGAGGUGAGUCAAAAAAAUUGAAGUUUUAAGAGUAAGAAUAAUGAUUUUCUAACCUUGUCGGGCAAAAGACGCCCUAUCUGACAGUCAUUAAGUUCAAGAUUUCACUACACUUUUAAAAAACGUAAAAUCGUGAUCGGGAAUUUUUCAGCUUAGACAUGUUGGGUCAUCAGUGCUAGAAAUUUGUUUCUUGAAAAUAACUAUUAAUACAUACCGAGCGUAUUACACAAAACAUUUUCAGCGAGUAUAUAUUUUACUCAAUAAAUAUUGGCAUUUCCUAUUGAUAGAAGUCAGUUAAUCACUCAUAAAAAUAUUUUUGGUAAACAUACCAAAUGAGCUUUUCGAGUUACAAAAUGAAAACGCAACAAUGUGGCUUCAGGCCAGUCAAUAUUAUCAGCUCCCUCAAUUUUUAAUCAUUCACGAAAAUUAAAAUUAAGCGAAAGAUAAGAUAAAAGGUGACUGGAAAUUAAAAUUAUUACCACAAGCCUGUUUGGCAAUAUAUAUAGAUUUAGAAGCGGAACUGUCUAUUAUGUUAAGGCACGCGAACCACUGACAACAGCAGACAAUACCUACAAAUUUUCGUUCCUCCAUACUCAAGUCCUAACCCUAUUUUUAAUUCGACCUUUUUGAGGUCUUUCUUUUUUGGCGGAUAUUAAUAUUUUUCAAUAAAACGGCAGGAAUUGCUUUAGAUAGCAAAACUGAUAGGAAAUGUCUUAUAAACUUUCAAUUUUAAUUUCUUUGUAGCAGAUGUUAUUACAACUCGUAUCUUAUGUUUUUCCUUUUUAUAACUCUUUUUUAAUGAUGAUUUCAAGAUGUAACUUAUAAGACUUUUUUCUUCAAAAGGUGAAAUCCAAUUGCCUUAAGGAACUAUUUCAACCCUUUCAACAAUUUGACGUCUUAGUUUGGAUAAAAAAAAUUUAUUGGUGCGGUCUAACGAAAACAAAUAUUUAUACCGAGAUCUUGGUUAAAUAUGGUAUUGUUGCAGUUUUAUUAAAUAUAUGCUUACUUUUUCAUUUUCUUCUUUUCAAGCUAAAUAAUGAAAUACGCACAUAAAACUAGGCUAAAUUAACUAAACAAGGACAACCAGUGAGGCUCAAUCGCCUCUUGAAGUUCAAAAAUGAAUUAGUGCAUGUUUUCCUAAUAUACGAGAUAAACUAAAUAAAUUUGCGAUACGGCACUGCUAUUGCAGAUGUUCACGUUCUCACGGAAAAAAAUCAACAUGAGAGCCUAAACANGUUCCUCCAUACUCAAGUCCUAACCCUAUUUUUAAUUCGACCUUUUUUAAGUUUUUCUUUUUUGACGGAUAUUUAUAUUUUUCAAUAAAACGGCAGGAAUUGCUUUAUAUAUAUAGCAAAACUGGUAAGAAAAUAAUUAAUAUUUCUUUGUAGCAGAUGUUAUUACAACUCGUAUCUCAUGUUUUUCUUUUUUAUAACUCAGUUUUAAUGAUAAUUUCAAGAUGUCACUGAUAAGAUUUUUUUCUUUAAAAGGUGAAAUCCAGUUACCUUAAGGAUCUAUUUCAACCCUUUCAACAAUUUUUAAACGUCUUAGUUUGGAUAAAAAAAAAUUAUGGGUGCGGUCUAACGAAAACAAAUAUUUAUCCCGAGAUCUUGGUUAAAUAUGGUGUUGUUGCAGUUUUAUUAAAUAUAUGCUUACUUUUUCAUUUUCUUCUUUUCAAGCUAAAUAAUGAAAUACGCACAUCAAACUAGGCUAAAUUAACUAAACAAAGACAACCAGUGAGGCUCAAUCGCCCCUUGAAGUUCAAAAAUGAAUUAGUGCAUGUUUUCCUAAUAUACGAGAUAAACUAAAUAAAUUUGCGAUACGGCACUGCUAUUGCAGAUGUUCACGUUCUCACGGAAAAAAAUCAACAUGAGAGCCUAAACAUCAAUUAUUACAAGUUUCUUACCUCGAUGCGAGAAAAAAAGGAUGUCUUGAGAUCUAAUGCCUUAAUCUAAUUCGUGACUCUAAGUGAGACUGACAAAUCUUUUCCGGAUCAAUUGGCGUUUAUUGGAAUUUUCUUCUGUCGUUUUUUUUUUAUUUCUAGAGUAGGUCGGUUCUCCUGUUAUAUGGCUGAGGAAGGAAAGGAAAUUCCGCUAGCAUGACGAAGCGAUAGAGAUGAAGGCCGCUCUAGCAUUUGUUGUUUAUCAACUGCUGUACAUUAAUUAUCUACUUAGGAAUAAUACUGUCAUAUUUAUGAGUCUACGAGCAAUUCAGUAUGAGAGAAGAUUGAAAUGCAAAUUGGCAUUCAUUAUACAAAAAAUCGAUCCUUUUGAAAUGGUCCUUGUAAAUAGCCUGCGAACUCUAACAGAUAGCGUUCUCGGGCUAUUUACAAGGACCAUUUCACUGAUAAGGAUCGAUUUUUUGUAAAAUGAAUGCCGAUUUGUAUUUCAAUCUUCACUCAUACUGAAUUGCUCGUAGACUUAUAAAUAUGACAGUAUUAUUCGAAUUUUUGAUGAAAGGAUGUUUUCCCUGAAGUCACGGGCUAGGGUCUUGCUUCUUGUCCCAGACACUGGUUUUGUUUUUGUUCUUUCAUGAGAGCCCUUGAGAUAUCUCCCUCAUAAAUCUGAUCUGAGCACGGCCGACGUGGGCCAAAAAUUUGCUUUAAAAGUGAAUCCGCGUUCUUUCAAUUUUCAUGGCGAUUAUUCCAAUUCACUUUGUCAAAUUGAGUUGAAUUCCAAAAAAUAAAAUUCAAGUUCAGAAACUGACCCGAAAUUUCUUCGUCGCAUGUUUAUUUCCACCAUUAAAACGUUAAAUUAUGCAUCUUAUCGUUGUCAGGUUGCAACAUGUUGCUUUUUUGACGUUCUUGUUGGUGUCGCCAUCGUCGGAACGUAAGGUCCCUAUGUAAGGGCCCCAUGUGCAUUCAUGGGCGUGGUUGUGCAAAAGCAUCUUAGAGAGGAAGGCUAUCUCCAAACCUUUAAUACUAUAAAUCAUCAAGCUCUCUCCGUAUAAUACACCUUUUAAAACAGAGGCAGAAAAACCUUCACUCAAAAAUAUCGGUUCCUUCCUCUUUCUUCACUGGCAACUGAUUGAGAGCCAACCUCAAACGAGCAUGGUCUCUUAAUGAUUUUGUAAAAGCAAAACCAAGAAAAAGCCCCAAAAUAAUUCUAGUAAUGGAGGGCUCGAGUCUGGUUUGUCUAUCAAUCAGAGAAAUAACGACCAGAAUUCUUUGUUUCAUUUCAGUCAGUGACAGGAAAAGACUGGGAAAGUAUCCGAGUUUUCCUAACAGAGACGAACCUAUGAAAUAAUUAUUCAUAAAGGCAUUGAGACCCUCAUAAAGCUGCGUCUCCGACUGAAAGCAUUAUUGUCGUUUUCGUUAAAAGCUACCAGCCUUAAAAUCGGUCAUCAUCAUGUCAUCAUCGGCUCAUAUUAAUACACUCGGGAAAGUAAGAAAGCAUAUCUCUCAAUCAUUUCAGUGUUCUGAGUGCGAACUUGCCUUGUCGCCUAGCUCCUGUAGGGCGUUCCCCAGGUCUUCUCGGUUCCAGGCCGAACGGAAUAAUGAGGCCUAACGCUAGGUAAUAAGCGGACGAUGCGCUUUUCCUACAUUACUUCAAUGUCCACUUACUGCAGAUCUGCACGUGAUUUUUUCAAUUUAGCCUCUAACAUGCCUCUAAAUUAGUGUUCCCAGUGUUUAUUCAGUCUGUGUUUGAUAGUAAGCAUUUAACAGGUGCACAUACAGCUAUUUUAAUUAACCUUGUCAGAUUUUAAGGCAUCAAGCCAAAGCGAUAAAAAAUUAAAAUUUGCGGGUCUCACUUCAUGGCUGUCAGUCCCAUAGAAUGGUAUGAAAAACGUUUACCUUUGUCAGUUUAUGACGUCAGGGGAAUCGUGCUUCAAUUGGCUGAGUUUGGCAAUUUUCAAAUGAAAUUUUCCAUAUUGCUUCGUGGUCUCGUUGCUUUAGCUUUAGCUAACUUCUUUAAUGUAAAUGGUUGUAUAUUACCUGAUUAACUAGGGCGUAAACAACUCUGAUUAUUUCAGCCUCAACCAUGACAUGCAGAGCCAAACAAACGCUUGCUUCUUGUUCCUUUUCGUCACCAGGGGCAUCUGUCAAUCAAGCAGACAAGUAUGGCCGCACCCCUUUGCACGUGGCCGCCGCAGUGGACUAUCCAGAGAUGGUACAGUUCCUCGUUCAGCGGGGAGCAGAUAUCCACGCCAAAACUGGUAAAGAACAGCAGACGCCUGUGCAUUUUGCAGCACGCAAUGACGCAGCUUUAUCGCUGAAAAUGCUGUUGAAAUGUGGUGCUGAUAUAACAGACAAAGACUUUAAACAGAGAACGGCUUUGCAGGUAGGUUAG